GUAAGUGAAGUCCAGAGGGAAAAGAGCCAGCCUUAAUUUUCUCUUCUUUUAAUUCUAGCCUCAGAAUGUUGAUCACUGUUCUCCUAGUCCUUCUUUGUGCCUCCACCUCUGCCAAGGCCUCUCAGGUGAAGGCCUCUUCUUACAAUGGAGAGUAUGGAGGUAGUGGAGGAAAGCGAUUCUCCCAUUCUGGCUACCAGCUGGAAGGCCCUAUCACUGCCCUCCGUAUUAGAGUCAACAAAUAUUAUAUUGUAGGUCUACAGGUGCGUUAUGGAAAAGUGUGGAGUGACUUCGUGGGUGGCAAGUCUGGAGACCUUGAGGAGAUCUUUUUGCACUCUGGGGAGUCAGUGAUCCAGGUGUCUGGCAAAUACAGUUCCUACCUGAGGAAGCUGGUCUUUGUGACAGACAAGGGUCGUUACCUGUCUUUUGGGAAGGACACAGGCACAAGUUUCAAUGCCCUCCCUUUGUACCCCAACACUGUACUCCGAUUCAUCAGUGGCCGAUCUGGGUCCUUCAUCGAUGCCAUUGGCCUGCACUGGGACAGUUACCCCAGUGACUGCAGCAGCUGCUAAGCCUAUCUCCUCCAAGGCAGGGUCAUGAAAACUCGACCACUAAACCCCACCCAAAUGGCUUAAUAAAAGGACAUUGCUAACA